GAAUGAUGACAAACACGACAACAAAACCACCGUUUGCGGUGAGCAAGAAAAGGGUAACCUUCGUCCAUAAUCAAUACAAUUCACCGUUGGAACUUUACUCAGCCGAAGAAAUAGCCCAAACUCUACGUCGCCAUGCUUCGUUAUUGUCAAAUGGAGCAGUUGGGAUCGAUUUUUGCUCGCUAUCGCCAUCAGUUUUGAAACGAUCAGAAGUCUACAAAAUGUUGACUGAAGAGCAGCAAGAACAGCAGGAACGUCGGCCUUGGCAACUGCGCAAUAAAAAGACGUCGACAUCGUCAGACAUGAAACGCGUAGCCUGGCCGCCGGUCGGUCCUCAUAUGGCCCCCGAAAUUCCCAGCACAAACGAACACGACAACGGGACCGCUAGUGUGCUGCAGCAGAACGGCGCCGAAGAGAUAAUGCAACAUUAUCAAAACGAUACGAACAGGUUCUCGAACCAGCGUCAAGUCUCACCCGGCCCUAAAGUCGCUCCGCCAGUCCCGCCCAAACCGGGCGCUCGUGAAAUUGCCAAUGCUCAGCAAUCAGCCGACUACGAUAGCGACAAUACAAUGGCAGCAAAUGGAAUGCCAGAGGCUUUUGCAUCAAACGAGUUGGUGGGAGAGAGACUGUUGAUCGCCAAGCCAGCUCCACCGCCCGGCUUGAUCCUCCUCAAGAAACACGCACCGAUUUCGCAAGAACCUCAAGCUGUAUUCAAUUCACAGCCUGUUUUCAAACGAGCCACUCCAGUUCGAAUGCUAGGAGAUAUGGUGUGGCCUCCAAAAGGGGCGGGCGGCUCAUUGGACAAUUCCACACAGUCACCUGGCGUUGUCCGUCGUCAACCCAAGAAUUACCAAGAAUUUUUCAGCUCGAAUCAAUUACCCGCAAACUUCCCAACGUAUCGCGCUCCGCCCGGUACCCAACAUUUCGGGCUUGCAGAAGGUGAAAACACCACACCCAUGUAAAACCCCGAAAAUCAUUGCGAUAUGGGAGGAUGGCUGACAAUUUCUGGCCAAACACACAGCCAUCUCUGUUCUUAUUUGAUUAGCUGCUUACGAAAGACGGAAAAAACAGUUCCAUUAAAAACAAA